UCGCUCUGCAGUGAUCACACCCCUCCUCAACAAUCCUUCAGUACUCUUCUGUUGCUGGAUAGGAACGCUUCAUUCAAAAUGAAAUUCAUCCUGCUUGCUGCCUGCAUCCUCGGGGUGGCUGUCUGUGCCCCAACGGAGAUAUUCAUGGAGUUUGACAUCCAUCACGCUCCGGCUGAGGCAGCCCAGGCUAUUCCUGCUGGAGUCCCACUUAAAAGUCUCGAUGUUCUGCUCCCGGUUGAUGCCCAGAGGCAGCCUGUUGGAGGACCUGUCCGUGGCUUCAUCAAGCAGGAGAUCCUCGAGCCAAAUGGUAGAGACACCAAGGAUGUGUUCAUCCCUUUUGGUUUUGAUACUGCUGUAGCACCCCCUGUUGCUGCUGCCGACCCUAUUGCUCCUGCUGCCCCAGUAGCUCCUGCAGCUCCUGUUGCUCCUGCAGCUCCGGUUGCUCCGGUUGCUCCUAUUGUACCCAUCCUUGCUGUUAGUGCCCCUGCUGCCAGACCCAGCGAAGAUGAUGAUGAUGAUGAUGAUGACUAAACAAAUAAACAUCUGAGUCAGCAGGAUAGGAAUAGGUGACCAAUGCAAUAAGACCAGCAGCCUACCCUGGUGAAAGACCAUCCAACACUGCUGUUUCACAAAGUGUGAAAAUAUAGUGCAAUGCUUUUGAAAAGAAAAUGGUGGUAUGUUUUCUUAUGAAAUAAAUGGUGCUCUGCAGAUGGUGCAAUGCUUUUCUGUGGGGAAAAAAGUGUCAAAGGAGUUAUGUCUUAUAAUAAAAAUUGGUGCUGCUCUGCAAUGAAA